AUGAGUACAAGUAGAUACAUUUCGAAGAAGCUUCAGCCAUUUCUCACUUCCAAAUAAGAACUAACUCAGCUUCUUCAAAAACUAGAGAAGGAGCAAAAGGAUGAGGAAACUUAGAGCGAUUAAUACUUUGAUCAAUUGGCAAGAGUUGAAAAAGAGUAUGAAACUCUUGUCCACAUCUUAGAAGAGUAUGGCAAGAAGAUAGCUAAUAAUUAGAAUGGAGAAACAGAUUAAGCCUAAGAUGCAGAUUUUCGGAUUGAAAAAGCUGUUAUUGAGACAUUGAAUUUAUACUUGCUAGCCAAUAGUAGAAAAGAAUAACUGGAAGCACUUUAGGAAAGAGAAAUAGCGAAAAGGCAAUCUUCUCUGAAUCUAACUCUUGGCAAGCAUGUCAACAAUGAAUAAAAAAUAGUUGAAGAUGAUAACUAAUUAAAUGAAGAUGAGUAUGGUUAUUAUGUAACAUUGAAAUCUGAAGACACUUCUAUGGAUGUUAAAAUACCAGCAACCAUUAAAACCUUUAAAGAGUUGAAGUAGAUCAUCAAAUCUUGCUUUAUGUUAGAAGAAAAUGAGAUAUUUUGCACAGAUCUUAUGGGCAAUCUGUUCCAAGAUAAUAUGGUUUUGUUAGAUGAAAUAUAUCCUCCUCUUUUUGAUUUAAUGAAGAACUAUCAACCUAUUAUUGGAAUCCAAGUGGUGAAAUAAGUUAAACUCAAGGAAGUUAUUUAGAGUGGGGAUGAAAGUUUGUUAUCUGAUGAUGGAGCAAGAUUUUUCAUUAAAAGAUUCCAAACAAUCAAACCUGUUUAAAAAAAAGUUAAUUGGAAUAUAUAUUUCGGCUACUUAAACAAUUUUAAAUAUUUUAUUGAAACAAUAUUGUUUCUCAUGGUACUUGGCUUAUUUUUCGUGGUUUAAAUUGAUUCAUUUAAAUUUACUACUAGUUCCUCUGUGAUCACAUCAUUUGGAAAACAGAUUUAGAUUUCUAAAUCACUAUUAUCGCCGAUCUAGAACAUUUCCUAGCUUAUUAAUUAAACUCUCAACGAUGACACUGAUAAUACUCUGUAUCCAACUUAUCCUUUAGUAUCUGGAUUGUUGAUAUAAACACUAGUUAAAGAAGAAAAAUUACAAAAUUGUUCUAUCCUAAAUCCUAAUUAGAAAUAGUUGUUCAUUGAUAACAAUUAGAGUUGUUUAGACUUCUCUACUCUCCUGACAGAUAAUUUAUCUGGAGAAUAUGAAUUCAACAUCUUUAAUCCUACUAUCUACAAUCAAGAUUUUGGAGGGUAUGUUUGGGAAUUGAACUUAGCAUCCAAAGAGGAAUUCAAUGAAAACAUCUAAUUGCUUUAAUAGAAGCAAUGGGUUUAAUAUAACGUCAAAUCCUCAAAGUUCAUCUUAAAUUAUUUUAACUCUCCUUCAAAAAGACUCAUCUAAGUAGUUAUUACAACUAUUUACCUAUUUAACGAUAUGUUAUUAAAUUAUAACACAAUUGCCUUAGAAUCAUUUAAUCUUAACAAACCUUCUGAAACUGAGGAUUUUUAUGACGAAAUUAUAUUUUAUUUAUCUAUCCUACUCUUGUCUUUAUCAUUUUUAGAUUUCUUCGCCAUUUACAAAAAGACAUCUGAGAACCCUUUUAUUUUUUUCUAUCACUCAUAUUGUGAACUAAAAAACAAAUAAAAAAAGUUAUAAUCCAAAAAAAAAGAAUUGUAAAGUGUAGAAUUGCAAGAAUUACAGUAGAAAGAACUCAUCAUGGGAGAUUAUUUUAUUUUAAAAAUAUCCUCUGUGUAUGUUGUGAUUAAAAUUCCCUUGAUAUUUGACUUUGUUUACAUUCUAUCCAAUAUUACUUUAUUAGUUAGGAAAUCAAUCUAGGAUCUUUACACUAAUGCGUUAGAUGAUAUUUAAUUGAAUUCAAAUGUAUAUUAAGAUACUGACAAACUAUAUGUUCCUGCAUUUAUUUUGAAAAUAUACACAGGAGUGUAGGUACUACUUUUAAUGGGAUCAAUAAUACGGUUUUUAGGGAAUUGGAGUCCUUACCUCAAAUGUUACGGAUUGGUGAUGAUAAGGUUCAACAAAUAAUCUUCAUUUUUAUUGUUAGUCCUCAUAUUCAUCAUCAGUAUAAGUGCAAUGUCUUGGUCCAUAACCAUUCAAGGGAAGUUGAUGUAUUAAGAAAAUUUUUUCUAUGAUUUUCUUGGCUUAUUACGUUGCAGUUUAAAAUAUGGAAUGCAUAAUGACCUGUCGGAGUUGGGACUGGAAAAUAACUAUUAGAAACAAAUAAGCUACUCUUUCGAAACUAGAUAUGUAUUUAAGAUCAAUAAGAUUAAGCUACAAUACUUGAUAAUCUUAGUUAUAUCCUACAUCAUGGUUCCGAUAUUCAUCUCAUUGAUGACACAGCAGGUACACAACACUAAACAAGAAGCCGAACAAAAGAUGUUAGAAAUGCAAAAAGAAAAGCAAGAAGAGAAGUUAUAAAAAAAAUAAAGAUAAAAAUGA